UUAUCACUCAUGAUUCGAGAUUCGCCGCGGAAUCAAGAGAAUAGGAAAUUUAGAAAAUAAUGCUGUUUUAUUUGUUAUUAUUUUUCUCCUUGGCCACCGUUGUGGACAACACCGCAGAGUUAACUGGCCCUUCAAUCAAGAAGCAAGAAAUGGAGGAGCUGACGCAGAAAAUUAAGAAUACAAACGAGAAACUGCAGAGAUUGACGACACUUGUCUUUGAACAGGUCGUCGAGAUGAGAAAGCUGGUGGAGGAGGAAAGUGACGAGCGGAAGAAAAAUUUCAAAGAGACCAGCCAGAGGCUGGAUGAAUUGGCAAGACUCUCAGACGAGCGUCACAAUCAGACGUUUGAGGAGAUGAAGAGAACUUUGGACGAGGCAAACAACGGCAGGAUUGAAGAAUUGGCCACACUCGUGGACCAACGAAACAAUCUGACUUUGGAAAAUUUCAAUCAAACAAAUGCGAGCGAUUUGGCCAAACAAAACCACGAAGAGCUUAUUUUUACAAGAAAUUUGACUUUAGAACAUGAAAAUCGAACAGAUACGAGUGAUUUGGCCAACGAACAACACAACAAGUCGGAAAAUUCUGAUUACUUGGUUAAAUGUCCACUUGCUAGAUUCGCUAAUUUGACGAUGCUGUCAAAUGGAAAAAUGUACUCGUUCCAUCAAAUUUAUGAAAACUGGAAUGCUGCAAACGAGUCUUGUAACAAAAUGGGCCUCCACUUGGCCACAAUCAAAGAUCAGAAGGACGCGCAAGUUGUGGCUGAAGAAGGCCAAAAAUUUGGAAAGUGGGAGGUUUGGUGGGUUUCGGCGAAAAACUCAGGAAUCGAAGGCAGAAGGGAUUUCCGGUGGCACGACGGGACCAAACUGGAAAUGGACAGUCCUUUGUGGAAGGCCGGGGCGGACAAGACGGAGGACUGCGUUUUCAUCUUUAACUAUGGAAAUAAUGACCACUGUCCCAACAGCAAAAAAUUGCACACCUACCUAUGCAACUACGUUUAUUAUUUCAUUUGUGAACUUCCGAGCUCAUGCUUCUGACGAUGAGUCUGUUUUAAAUUAAUUAACCUGCUGUUUGUUCGGAAUAAAAAGACCCAUAAAUAAAUAAAUCAAAAUCAUUCUCUCAAAAGAAGCAAAAAAAUAUAUAUUUUAGUCUGAAUUUUUCCUUCUGAAA